AUGGAAUUUGAAGAAUUUGUUGAAUCAUUAGAAUCAUUACCCAUUGAUUUGAGUCGAAAUUUACGUUUAUUACGUGAAUUAGAUGAUAAAAAUUUACAAUUAAGACAAGAAUGUUUGAAUGUUAGUGAUAAAUACAAGCAAGAAAUAGAUAGUAUACAAAAACGUGAAAAUAUUAAAAUGUUAAAUGAUAUACAACUACGUCGAUUACAAUUAGCUGAUGAAAAAGUUGUUCUUGCUGAACAAGCAGCUGAAUUAUGUGAAAAACAUAUUCGACGUCUCGAUGAUAUACUCGAUUAUAUUAGUACACAAAAACCAAUAAUAAAAAAAUCUGAUAUACAUAAUAAAAAACGUUCAUUAUCAACAUCGGCAGAUGAUCAAAAUUCUAUUAAUAAAAAACGUAAAACAAAACAAGUAUUACAUUCAGUUUUAAAUAAAAAACAGUUAUCAGAAACAAGAACACCUAUACGUGUACCAAGAAAAUUAUUACAAUCAACAAAUACUUUAUCAUCAGAAGAAAAAGAACGAAUUGCUAUUGAAGAAUAUGGUAUGGAAAUUGAUCCAAGUGAACCACGUUAUUGUACAUGUAAUCAAGUUAGUUUUGGUCGAAUGAUUAAAUGUGAUAAUGAAUCUUGUCCAUUAGAAUGGUUUCAUUUUCAAUGUGUUAAUGUUGAAGUAGCACCAAAAGCACAUGAAUUAUGGUUUUGUCCACAAUGUAGAGAAAAAAAUAAACAUAAAUAA